GGCACGACAAGGUAUUGAAAAUAGUGCUAGAGUUUUCGUGCUAACCUUACUGAAAUUACUUAAUAAGUGUCAGAAAGGAAUAAUAGUCAUAGUUAUAACGUAUAAAGUGUUAUCAAAUUGAUUUAUAAGAUUAUACAUAUAUUUCUUUUAUUAAUAAAGCUAUAUUUGUUUUGAUUACUACUUUGCUAUAAAUAUGUUACGAUUAAGUAUUCUACAAAGUGUAAAUGGAGCAAUUUUAAAAUUGAAUACCAACGAAAAUAGAUUUUUAACCAAAUGUAUGAACAAUUUAAAGACAAGCAAUGGAAUAGCAGAAACAAAAGAUACAUCUGAACUGCAGGAUACUACAAUAUUCUCUGAUAUUGAUGGUGAUGUGCAUAAACAAAUCAAAGAUAAGGAAGCUGCGUUACAAAAGCAACAAACAGAUUCUAAGUUAUCAACUCAAAAAUCAAUAUCUAUUUUUGGUUCUGAGACAGUUAAGGAUAGUGGAUUACAGUACAUUAAAAAUAAUAAAGAUUUAAAAAUUCCAACUGUAGCAUACAUUCUUAGCGAAACCAUGUCUCCCAUAGUAAAAGCUGCUUUAGAAAAGUGGAAGAAAAAUAUGAUUGAUAUAUAUGGAGAAGAGCAUUUUAAGACACGCUGUAAAGGUCUAUUGGACAGUAGUAAAUUAUUUUACUCUUAUGUGCAAGUGAUGCUUUCAAAGAAAGAAAGUGAAAUUCCAUCUUCUAUCAAACCAAUAUACUCUAGUAUAAAACCACUAUUAAACGAUAUACAAAUUUUUCAUGGAAUUGAGACAAAUGUGGUACAUCCAAUAUUGAGAUACAAAAGCAUCAUAGAUUGUAUUGCUUCCUAUAGAGGUUACACAUAUUUAAUUGAUUGGAAAAAGUCAGCGAAACGGAAAACAUCGCUUGCAGCAACUUAUGAUGCACCUAUACAAGUUGCUGCUUAUAUUGGAGCUAUUAAUGCCUUCAAUAAAUACUCAUUUAAGAUAGAUAAAGGUUUGAUCAUUGUUGCUUAUACAAGUGGUGAACCUGCUAGUAUUCAUGAAUUGAAGGAUGAUGCCUUAGAAAAGGCAUGGGGAGAAUGGUUGAAUAGGUUGGAACAGUUUCAUGCAAAUUGUAACAAAGACAGUUUAAAUACUUAAUUUAUAUUUGUAAAUUAAAAUAGGGUACAUAUUAUACUACUUAUAUAUUUCACUGAAGUAGUUUCGUACUAUUUUUGUAUAAAUAAAAUCAUAUUGCUUGCAGCAACAAAUAUUUUUUUAUUUGAAAGAUUAUAAAAGAUGAGUAUUCUUUUAUUGUAGCAAAAAAGAGAAAGGUGUUCCUGGCUAUAUACUGCUUUAUCUUAUUCAAAAAUAAAAAACCCAACAAUUUA